CGAUGGCGUGCGGUUGGCUAGCUCUGGCCCAUUAUACCCCCCAUUAUGCAUUCGGUAUGUUGCCAUCGUUGGAGGAACAUUCUUCGGAACCAGGAAGAUUGGGACUGAGUUGGUAUGGGAUCUUGUAAUGGUAGUAUUGAGAACACUUCCCAGGUUUCAAAACUGUCAACUGAAACUAACCACACUGCUGUUAGCAUACCCACUGCUAAAUCACAUAACUCAGUCUUGAAGAGCAGUCUGAAGAAAGCUGUUAUGUCCGAUACAACUACAAUCAUGUCAUAUAAUGAUACUCAACCAAACACAAGAAAGGUAUCUAUCAAACCUGGAACACAUUCUCCCACCUCUAGCAAGCGGCCUCCAAUGCGUACCAUAUCAAAGAUUACACGAGAUGAGGAUGAAAAGCUGUACACUCGCUUUCCAGAAAUGAAGGAAACUUUUGAUGGACUAAUAACAUUAGGACCAUGGCUUUCCUCUCUGAUUGAGGAAGGAGAUGAUCCAGAUGAACCUGAUUAUGAUGAAGUAGAGAAGCAACUCCAGAUCAAGGUCUUGGAUAAAUUUGAUGCUUUCAAGGAGCCAGAUCAAAGGAAACUAAUGGGAAACAUGAUGGCAAAAAAUGGCUUUGUUCAGGCUUUAGGUGACUUUUACGAAUUUCUGCUGAAGGCCCUUCCAUUACCCGAGUUUACCUUAGCAGAGACUGAUGAAAAGGAUGAGGGCAUCACAGUUGUAGAACAACUGCGUCAGAUAUUUUGGAAUCUGUCUGACAAUAGUGUAGAGUUUUGUGCAGAGAUAGUGGAAAACACUGACAUGAUCCGCUUCCUUGUUAUUGACCUGCUGGCUAUGAGGAGUAGAGAAUUUGAAAUCAUUAAGGAGGAUUCUUUUCCAUAUCUGUCAGCAGUGGGAAUUCUACACAAUGUUGCUCGCUCAGGUGUUACCAAAACCUGCUUCACUGUUGUCGUGGAUGAUAAAAAGCCACCGACAAAUGCCUUGGAUGUCCUAAUGCCAUUCUUAGAGACAAAAAAUACACACAUCAAGCUGAUCACACUGUUGGGCUUAGCCCACAUUGUGAAUGAGCAACAGAACGAGGUGUUGACAGCUAAUGCCUCAUUGUUUGACUUUCUGCUGGAAACAAUGAAGACUGCCAUCAAGAACAAGGACCGUCGACAGUAUGGUUUCAGUGUCGAGGAACUGCUGGAUGGCCUCGCCAAUCUGGCAAAAAAUGAUCGCAACAAAAUUAUCAUCAUGGACAAAAAGGCCUUCCCUAUUCUUAAGGACAUAAUCAUGAAAGGCAAGAGUAGCAAGGAGAAGGCUGAGGCCCUGAAGGUUAUCUGGGAGUUGUCGUUUAUGAGCAAAAACAAAAAAAUCUUCAUGGGAGAUAAAGACUUCUGGAAGAAGAUCUACACCCUACAAAGUGACAGUGAUGAGGAUAUGGCAAAGGCUGCACAGGGUGCCUGCUUUGUUAUCACUGAUGGUGAUGUCCGCAGACAGGCUCCACCCGGCAUCAAAAGUUUCCAGAAAACUCUUCCUGUUUUACCAAGGGCAGAGAAGGCAGACGAAGAGCAGCACAUUAUGAUCAGCUACAACUGGGCAGAUCAGAGGAUGUUACUGAAGGUACGUGAUUGCCUCCAGGAAGUUGGAUACAAGGUCUGGAUGGACGUAGACAACAUGGAAGGAGAUAUUCUGGAUGCCAUGGCUCGUGCUGUAGAGAAUGCACACAUUGUCCUUAUGUGUUACUCCGAGAAAUACAAAGAAAGCAAAAAUUGUAGAACAGAGGCUCAGUAUGCGUACCAGGUUAGCAAGGAGAUAAUUCCGGUACUGAUGCAGACUAAGUACAAACCUGAUGGGUGGCUUGGUAUUCUGGUUGGAUCCAAGUUAUUCUAUGAGUUUACAAAUAAAUACCCUUUCGAGAACAAAAUGAAAGAGCUGAUACGAGAACUGGAGAAUCGAUUUAGAAUCAUGUCCAAGAAAGAUCCAACACCAAAAUUACAGAGCGUUGUUUCUGCAAAACUAAUGCAAGGCAAACAAGAAGACUUGGCAAAAAAAACUUUGAUGAUAUCAUGGAGUAAGAAUGACCUGGAUGAAUGGCUAUCUAAAAACAAGUUGGAAGCGUUAGAUGGUCUCAAGUCACUGAAUGGAGCACAGCUUGCCUUUCUCUAUAAGCUGUUUAGAAGAGCUCCAGAGUUUUUCUAUCGGUGCCUGGAAGAGAAGCUUUGCUUGCGGUCCCUAGAAGAUUUAAUGAGAUUUACAGAUGCACUGGAAAAACUUAGCGAGGAGCAACCAGAGAUAAACCAACUCCUAUUGUAACAGCUUUGACUGACCAAUACUACACACCUGUGAUAAAUCAAUUUCUACUAUUAAUAAUGAUGUGUUCGGUCAAUUUUACAUAUAAGGUUGUGAUAAAGCAACUUGUACACAAUUAUAUGACCAGCUAAUCUUACAUCUGUAUAACUGUGAUCAACCAAUUUCUAAUGUAAUGGUUAUGCUUGACCAACCAUACACACCUAUGAUAUAACAAGUCCUUCGAGCCAAGACCAACCCAACACACAUCAAGAUGAAUUAUGUUGUCAUAUCAUGGACUUGGAUAUUUUGGUUUCAGGAAAUUUGGAGUUGUACAGACAUACCAAUCAUUAAUCCGUCCAUACCAAUAGUAUGCCUGUGAUAUUGUUACGUUUUAGCUGUUUGACUAUCACUGACCUGUACUGACGGUGAUUGUAAUAGACUCUAUUGACUGUGAACAUAUAACAUCAAAAGAUAUACACAAUCAUCUUGUAAAAAAAGGUCCAGGGGUCUUUCCCCGCCCGAACCUUGAAGGUUCUGUAAACACAUUCAUCUUGAGUCUGGACUUCGUUUCUGGGUUAUAUCUUUGAUCCAGUUGAGAUCCAAUCCCAUAUACAUGAGUAUAUUAAGCUCAUAACAAAUUGAAUGUGAAAAUUAAUUUACUUGUGCUUAAAUUAUUUCAAAUGAAUGACUUUGAUCUUCAUUCGAGUUCGCAGGUGUCCAAUAUGCUAAAAUCUUUAAGCAACCACUCCUUAUUUAGCAAGAUGUUCAGAUACCCUAUAUUGGGCCUAUAACUUGGCAGGGUAAAGCGCUAUCACGAUUGUUCAAAGAAUGAUCUUGACCCUCUUUUAAGGUCAUGGGGUAAAAAAUAGUUAAUGUCGUUUACAAGAUUUCUUUUCAUUAAGCAAGGGUCCCUUAUACUCGAUAUUAGGCCUAUUACAUGCUAGGGGGAACGACAUUGACCUCAAAGUCAAGGUCACAGGAAUAAAACUACCAAAAUAUACAAAAAAACAACCAGGGAACCGUUAAGUCUCUUGUAUACGAUAUCGUACACUUAAUACCUUAUCAGUGCAGAUAUGCUUCAGAAAUAAGAAUUAAGAAAUAAUUUACUGCAAAUCAAAAGAAGUAAUUAACGAGAAUGUUAUCUGCAAUCGGAUAGAAAUCAAUACUAGAUUUUAAAAAAAAAUAUUCCGAAGUGGUUUUUAUGUGUUAUCAUUUUCAAAGUUUACUGUGUCAGACAAUUAGAACGCAUUUAUACUUUCAUAAACCAGUUGUAAUCAUUAAUGGAUGCCCAAAUAGUUGGAAAAAACACAUGUGUCUUCAUGUGGUUAGUAUGAUUUAGAAUAGGGCUAAUAUUUUUAGCCCACCAUUAUCAGAUGGUUGGCUUUUCGAAUGGCCUUGCGUCCGUGGUCCGUCAUCCGGCCGGCUGUCCGUCUGUAAACAAUUCUUGUUAUCGCUAUUUUUUGGAGGACCAGUGGGAUAAGAACUUUGCCGACAAAUAGCCAUCUUUGAUUUUUACAAUUGAAGUUUGUUAUCGCUUUUUCUCAGAAAGUACUGAAGGGAUAUUUCUCAAAUUUCAUAUGUAGGUUCCCCUUGGUCCCUUGUUAUGCAUAUUGCAUUUUGAGAACAAUCGGAAAACAACAUGGC